CCUAGAUCACAGUUACGGAUUAGACGGAGCCUGGACUAAGCCACUUUUCGACCUAAUUCGAGAUUAGCUUGGGUCAUUCAUUUGAGACGACCGGCGAGCCCGAGGGUAUCAUGGUAUUUAUAUAGGAUUAGAGGCGACAGGGGAAAUUUAUUGUUGUUGGUGCGAAUCAAUUCUUUUCAACCAUUCCACGCACUUGCAAUGCAGUUAUCCCAGUUCCUAGGCCUUACGGUUGCUGGCGCAUGCCUAACAUCAGCCGCUUGUCCGCCUCGUAUUGAGGAUGGCAUCAGGGCUGGCGAAGAUCUAGCACAGUGGGCGCAAGAAUCCAUUAACGCCUUCUUUCCCUUUCAAGACGGCUGGCAGGACGCGUACGAUAUCGCGUUUAGCCCGGAUGUUUAUGCGACUUUCAACGCUACAGUCUUCACAUUCGACACAUUCAAAGCGGCGUAUGAGAGUUUCUACCCGCUUUUAAAUGGCGGCUUUGCCGGCACCUUCGAACACGGCUUUCUGAGCGCUGUCGGUGUUCCCAAUGGCUCUGACAACGGUGGGUUUGUUACUGUCACAGGUUGGCAGGGUGGCCAUAUUGGCGGUGUGGGCGGGCCACUCCUCAACGUUACGGACGCAGCAUAUAUGAUCAUCACGGAGACAGAAGACUGUGAGCGCAAGAUCGUCGAGUUCCGGGAAUCCUCGAAUUUGGGAAAGUUUUAAUGGCAGUGACUAUGUAAGACGAAAUGAAGAUCACUGCGGUACUCUAACGUUGUCAUUUCUUGCAUCAUGAAGUUAGUAAGAGGAUCGGUUCAACUUAGCUUGUUUAAGUAUGUAAUUGAGAGUGAGUUUUCUACUAUGGCUCGAUUUCUACAUUUCGGGAUACCAUAAGCGGUCGGAUUUUGGGUGUGAUAGUCUACCACCUUCGCACAAUAGAGCUAAGACAUAAUAACUCAUUCAAUAACACUAAGUACAUAUAGGUAACGUGCUCACUUUGGUCGUCAAGCCCAGCCCCAGCUGAAGCUGACUAUACUAAGUAUUACAUUUACAAGUGUAAAAUACCCUAUAUAUCGUUGGGUACAACGAUAUGUGAUAUACAGCUGACUACAAUCAUUUACUUUAAUACAUCACUUGAUCGCUUUGAAAAGAGCAAC